UCACUUGCUGACGUGUGUGUGUGUGAGUGUGUGUGUGAGUGGGUGUAACUACCGGGAUAUAACUAUACCGGGGUAUGAAAUACUCUGGUAUGAAAUACGUACGCCUUAUAACUCGAGCAGGAGGGUUUUCAAGGAUAUAGCACCAGAUUGAUGGAGAAGAAUGGCCCGAAUUUCGUUGGACUGUGCAAACUCUUUACCAGGGAUCCCCCUCAGUGUACUGUCAGUGCCCAUGGAGAAUAAAUACAAAUGUCAGCAGUGUCUCCUGGUCCUGAGGAAGCCUGUCCAGGCUCAGUGCGGCCACCGCUUCUGUGUACACUGCUUCAAGCAGCUCACCAGUUCUGGCCCAAAACCAUGUGAAGCCUGCCGCCAAGAAGAGAUAUAUGAGGAACCCAUUUCCAUUCUAAAUAGUAAUGAGGCAUUUCCAGACAAUGCUGCAGGUCGAGAAAUAGCGAGUCUGCCUGCCAGGUGUUUGAACCAGGGCUGUAAUUGGACAGGAUCCAUAAAAGAGUAUGAGGCUCAGCAUGAAGGUCGCUGUGAGUUCGAAAGGAUACAGUGCGAGGCCUGCCAUACCUCGAUCCUUCGCACGGAGAAGGACAGACAUAAUGAGAGAGAAUGUGAAGCAAGAACCCUGAACUGUAAAUACUGCAAAAUGACCUUCAACUUUAAAGACAUCAAGGCCCAUGAUGAGAUCUGUCUGAAGUUUCCCUUACAAUGCAAGGACUGUGGGAAGAAGAAGAUCCCAAGAGAAAAGUUCAAUGACCACAGCAGGUCCUGUGCCAAGUCAAAGAGUGCCUGUCCAUUCAGUGAAGUGGGCUGUAAAUCGGUGAUAGAGAACGGGAAGCUCAGCGACCAUGAGCACAGCAGCACCAUGGAGCACUUGCGUCUGCUGCUGCCCAUGGUGCUGUCCAUGGUUCAGACACGCGCUGACGCUUCUGGUCCCGGAGAGUGGCAGGAGGACUCUGGUCUGGGCCUGUACAGGGCUCCUGAGGAGGGAGUCCCUGUGGGCGCCGGAGCUGCAGCCUCCGUGCAGUCUGUGGACUUGGAAAAAAAGGUAAAUGCUUUAGAAAACAUUGUGUGCGUCCUGAACCGAGAGGUGGAGCGCAGUUCAGUCACGAUGGAGGCUUUCUCGCAUCAACAUCGUUUAGACCAGGAAAAAAUCGAAAACCUCUCCAACAAAGUGCGUCAGCUAGAGCGAACAGUCACGAUGAGAGACUUGCAGCUGUCUGAAACCGAACAGCUGGUGCGAGAACUGCAAUUGUGCACCUACGACGGGAUAUUUGUCUGGAAAAUCUCCGACUUCUCACGCCGCAGGCAGGAUGCCGUGGCUGGUCGAACACCUGCAAUGUUCUCUCCAGCAUUUUACUCCAGCAAAUACGGAUACAAAAUGUGUCUGAGGCUCUAUUUGAACGGCGAUGGGACGGGGCGAGGAACACACCUGUCGCUCUUCUUUGUUGUCAUGAGGGGCAAGUGCGACGCACUGCUCAAAUGGCCAUUCAGUCAGAAGGUGACUCUAAUGCUCUUGGAUCAGAACAACAGGGAGCACAUUAUCGAUGCUUUCCGCCCUGAUGUCACCUCCACCUCCUUUCAGCGGCCGAUCAGUGAGAUGAACAUCGCCAGUGGCUGCCCGCUCUUCUGUCCGCUGGCUAAACUGGCCGGCAAGAGCCCUUAUCUCAGAGAUGAUACAAUUUUCAUCAAAGCCAUUGUAGAUCUCACAGGCUUAUAGGGUGUGGACUGUGGAAGUUACACCAAAGCAUCAACAAACUACAACAAUAGCAAAGAAUAUACACAACAAUAAUAGGAAUAAUAAGAAUUAAUAAUUAUAUAUAUAUAUAUAUAUACAACUAUAUUGUUAAAUAUAUUAUAAUAUAUCUACACUAUACGUUAAGAAUGUCAACAAGAUUUUCUUGGGAGUGUCACAUUAUGACGGAUAUACAAGGGCGUGUAAAAUAACAAUCAUGGCGGUGGAUCUAUAAUGGUUAUGGACAUCCAUCUUUAGUGAAUAAAUCAAUGUGACUUAUAAGAGCCAAUGGAAGGAGACACUGCCAUGUCGUAUGCUUCAUAUAAGUUUAGCCAUUUCUGUUAUUUUGUUAAUGUCUUGUAUAUUAAAGACUUUAAGCAGUACUUCAACCACAUAUACAAAAAUAUAUACAGCAGGCGUUAGGGAGACGUGCUUAAAACAAUAAGAGAGUUUUAGUUACAACAAUGAAAUAUCUCUUUAAUGAUAAAAGCGGGUCUCAAUUAUCAUAAUGUGGCACUCCUGGCAUUCAAAUUAAAUCUUAUAAAUAACUAAUAUUUAUAUCAAAUAUAGAUAUAUAUAUAUAUACUGUGUAUAUAUACUAUAAUAAUAAUAAUAAUACUCCAUAGUCAGCUUUGCAUUGUGUGGUUCUUCACAUCAGUCUCAGUAUAGUACAAAUAUGUUCACUCUAAUUAAAGAUGAAUUAACAACAGUACUUUAAUGUUAAAAGUAGAUAUAGCAUGCAACCUUUUAUCAUCAAUCGUCACCUCUAGUGUCGUAGUGUAACCCAGCACGUACGUUUGUCUAUAUGAGUAUUUGUUUGCUAAAUGAGUGUUGACCUAUUAGCUCGAACUUACUGAGUAACCUAGGGAAUGCGCUUAAAAAAAAAAGGCCUUACAUUGACCACCAAUACAAGACUGGAGUUUAAUUAAUAGAAAGUAUAGCAGUUUAAUAUUGCAAAACAAAAACUUAUACAUUUAUACCUCCCACUUAACAUAUAAUCUUCAUAACUAAUAUUCCCUAUUUAUUAUAUCCAUCUUUCAGUAUACAUUAUUACCAGUAAUAGUUAUAUCCUUUAUACUAAUAAUACUUUGGUGUAGUUUUUGAUUAUACAUGUAUGAAGUACUUCUAUCAUAAUCACCCUUCGUUGAAGAUUUAUUAUCUUUGAAAUGUAGAAAUAAAAAAACUAUUGAGACAAUUGUGACAUUGUUUGUACAAUCUUUGUUUACUUUGUUUAUAGUAAAUAUAUAUACCUGAAUGAGGUACAACAUUAAAAUGUAAAAGCCAACUUUGAGUUUUUGAUGAAAAGUAUUCUGGAGUAACUUUUGUGCAUUGUCAUUAUAAUAAAGAAUUGCAUACUUCA